AUGCUCUCCAACGCACGCAUCAGCUCAGGCGGCCCGCUCACGCUCUCGCACUCCGUUUCUCACGUGGAGCGCGGCUCUCGUUGCAGCGACGAGGGCCGGGGCGCCGGCAGCACCGCAUCGGGCUCCGAGGACGGCCGCCGCGCGGCGGCGGCGUGGCCCAGGGCCGCGGGCGCACGCGGCGACAGCUUUGGCGGCGCGAGCGCCCGCAGCUCCAGCGGCGGCGGCGGCGGGCCGCCGGCUUUCCUCGCCGGCGGCGCGUCGUUCAAGGGCAGCGCCUUUGCGCUCGCGCCCGCCGACGCGCGCACGCCCUCGCCGCCGCCGCCGCUGUCGCCGCGGCGGCUGCCGCGGCAGCUCUCCCUCCCAGUCCUCGGCCGCCCGCCGCCGGGCGAGCCGCCGCCGCUCGCGCGGCCGAUGUCUGGCGGCCGGCUGCAGUGCUUCGACCUGGACUGCAUGCACAUGUCGCGCGACGAGCUCGUGCGCGUCGCCUUUGACGUUUUCAUGCUGAGCGGCGUGCUGGAAGAGAUGGGGGUGGGCGAGGCGACACUCAGCGGCUUCCUGAGCGCCGUGGCCAGCCACUACCACGACCCGGCGGCGGUGCCCUACCACAACCUCAGCCACGCGGUGCAGGUGCUGCACACCACCUGGCUGAUCCUGGAGCUGAGUGGUGCCCACGAGCUGCUGUCCCCCCUCGAGGAGCUGGUGCUGCUGGUGGCCGCCAUAUGCCACGACCUCGACCAUGACGGCCGCAGCAACAGCUACCACAUCAACGCACACACAGAGCUGGCGCAGCGCUACAACGAUCGAUCAGUCCAGGAGAACCACCACUGCGCGCUGACGUUCGCUGUGCUGCGGUCGCGCGGCGCCGACCUGCUGGCGGGCCUGCCGCGGGAGGACUGGCGGGUGGCGCGGCGGCUGCUGGUGGACACGAUCCUGGCCACCGACAUGAGUCACCACUUCAGCCUCACACAGGACCUGCAGCAGCAUCCGCCCGUGUUCUCGGCCGACAGCGAGGCGGACCGCGCACUGCUGAUGAAGGCCGUUCUCCAUGCCGCUGACAUCAGCAACCCCGUGCGGCCGUUUGGCGUGGCGCUUUCCCUGGUGGACCGGGUGUACGACGAGUUUGGGCGCCAGGUGGCGGAGGAGAAGCGCGAGGGGCUGCCCGUGACGGCGCACAUGGAGGUUCCCAGCUUUAGGGACAAGGCCAAAAUGGAGGUGGGGGACAUGACUCAUCGGUGGGGGGACAUGAUCAUUGGUGGGGGGACAUGA